AUGGGUUUAGCCCGGCUGGGUUCUGAUCGGCCCGGCUGGGUCCGGUCCCGGUCUCCCGCAGGUCAGCGGAGCAGUGCCCGGCUCUUCGCCGCUGAGCCCGCCCCGAACCUCCGCCCGGGAAAGGGGGGUGGGGGGCAGCCGGUCCCGCCCGGGGGGCGGGGAGGACGUGGGAGCUCCCCUCCACGCAGGCAGGACCCGUGGCAGCUUCCACACGACUCCUGGUCCCUCUUCUGCUCCUUCCCAUCUCUGUUUGCUCCCACCUCACCCCACCCCGCCCCCCGGCUCCGCACAGACUCCGUCCUCACCCGCAACACUGGGAACGCUGCGGGAGGCACCCAGGGGCAGAGUGGGGCCAGGAAGCCCUGGGCAGAAAGGUUUCUUAUCGCCAGCACCCAUCACUCGCCAAUCUGUGAGCAUGGAACACGGGCAGCUGUGCUGAUGGAGCCGUGUUUCACUGCAGCUCAUUGGCACCCAGGUUCGGGAGCCCCACAGCUGCUCCAGCUGUCACCCCCCCACCCGCCAGCCCAGGCAGCUAGCUGUGGGAAGGCUGAGACAGAACCAGCCCGGGCAGCCCCCUGUGGCCAGGGCAAGAGCCUGGUACCAGCUGGUACCAUCCUUCUCUUGUGCCCAGUGGACAACUACAGUGGCUGGGCAGUGACAGGCCCCACACAGGUGACAGCCGUGCAGGGUGGCUCGUUGGUGGUGUCCUGCAGCUAUGAGCCCCACUACAAGCUCUACCCAAAGUACUGGUGCCGCCCAGACUUCCUCUGGAUUUGCUUCACCAACAUUGCCCAAACGAAUGGCUCAGAGGGGAUGGUGACACAGGACAGGGUGUCCAUUGGGGACAACCAUGUGGCACACUCGUUCACACUGAUGCUGGAGGGUGUGAGACCAGAGGAUGCUGGCUGGUACUCCUGCAGGGUGAGGAGGAGGCUGUGGUUCAGCCUGUGGCACGACACCGAGGUGAUGGUCUCUACAGCUGUUUCAACCACAACCAGGAGCAGCCAUAUGAGCCUGUUGGACACCAACACCCACACUGAGGAGCACCCAGUGCUGUCCCAGCUCAGUGUCACCAACUCCCUGCUGCUCCUGCUUGGCAUGAAGGUGUCCGUGGCCCUGGCCCUGGCCCUGGCCCUGGCCCUGGCCUGCGGGGCUGCCUGGGUGAGGAGACAGUGCAGGAGCCGUGACCAAGAAAACCUACAGCUCCUGGAGGUGACUGACACCACUGGGACACCGGACUGUUCCCCCACGCUGGAGACCCAGGGACACCCUCCUGCCCCUUCACCCCCCACUCUGCCAGGGCUGCUCCACCCACCACAGCCCCCCUGCACCAGGGGCUGCUCAGCACUGGGUGCAUCUCCCCUUGGGAACCCUUGGCCGCUCCUGGCAGCCCCUGUGCUGGGGAGGGGAGAGUUUGGGGUGUAGAGAGCCUGCAUCUGCUAAGUGGGGCUGCCACCUGAGGAAAAUUCUGCAAUAAAGCCUGGGUAUCC